UUUAACAAACCCACCGGUGACUGAGGGGGUGAGGACAGGAGAGGGAGGGUUAGAGGGAAGGAGGGAAGGGGGGCAUCGCUCCCACAGCAGGUCAGUUCUCGUUUCUUCUUCUUGUUUUUUUUCUUUUCUUCCUCUGAGCCGCGUUUGGACGGAAGGAGCAGCUCAGUUCUGAGAAGAGGAGAGGAGUGAGAGGAGAGGAGAGGAGAGGAGAGGGGGGGCAAACAUGGACAUCAAGGACCAGGGAGCCCAGAUGGAGCCGCUUUUACCCACGGAACAAGCUGCUCAAGGACACAAGGACGUGAGAACCGAUGAGGAGGCAGUGGUGGACCGUGGGGGCACACGCUCCAUGCUCAACACCAACUUUGAGAAGGAAGAACUUGAAGGUCAUCGCACCCUCUACAUUGGAGUCCACGUUCCUUUGGGUCGAAGGUCACACCGGCGCCAUCGCCACCAUGGACAUAGACACAGGAAGAGGUCCAAGGAGAGGGACUCCACAACGGACGAUGGACGGGAAUCACCCUCGCACAACACACCAGCUCAGAGGGUCCAGUUCCUGCUUGGUACAGAAGAUGUCGARGAGGAACACAUCCCUCARGCCCUGUUCACAGAAAUGGACGAGAUCUGUCUCAAGGAAGGGGAGGACGCGGAUUGGAAAGAGACGGCUAGGUGGCUGAAGUUUGAGGAGGACGUUGAAGAUGGUGGUGAGCGGUGGAGUAAACCCUACGUGGCCACUCUGUCUCUACACAGUCUGUUUGAGCUUCGCAGCUGCAUCAUGAACGGCAUCGUGAUGCUGGACAUGAGGGCRAACUCUUUGGAGGAGAUCGCAGACAUGGUUCUGGAUCAGCACGAGGCUUCAGGCACUGUCGACGAGGACGCCAGGAAGAGGAUCCGCGAGGCUUUGUUAAAACAGCACCACCAUCAAAACCAGAAGAAACUGGCCAAUCGUAUCCCCAUCGUACGCUCCUUCGCUGAUAUUGGCAAGAAGCAGUCUGAGCCUCAUUCCAUGGACAAGAAUGGCCAAACAGUCUCACCUCAGACUCAGCCGUCCAACAACGAGGCCAGACAGGAUGUCAGCCGAGAAAACAGCACUGUUGACUUCAGCAAGAUCGACCUCCACUUCAUGAAGAAGAUCCCUCCCGGUGCCGAGGCCUCCAACGUCCUCGUGGGGGAACUGGACUUUCUUGACCGUCCUGUGGUGGCCUUCGUGCGCCUGUCUCCUGCCGUGCUGCUCAACGGUCUGACUGAAGUUCCCAUCACCACCAGGUUUUUGUUCAUCCUCCUCGGGCCUCUGGGGAAAGGGCCACAGUAUCAUGAAAUUGGUCGAUCUAUUGCAACACUGAUGACUGACGAGAUUUUCCAUGAUGUGGCCUACAAGGCCAAGGACAGGAACGACCUGGUGGCGGGCAUAGAUGAGUUUUUGGACCAGGUGACGGUGUUGCCCCCGGGCGAGUGGGACCCUUCCAUCAGAAUAGAACCUCCUAAGAAUGUUCCCUCUCAGGAAAAGCGAAAGGUUCCCCCCGUUCCCAACGGAGUGACAGAUCUCGGUGAAUCUGAGGAGCAUGGAGGUCAUGGUGGCCCUGAGCUGCAGCGCACUGGGAAGUUUUUCGGUGGGUUCUUUUUGGACAUCAAACGAAAGGCUCCGCACUACCUUUCUGACUACACGGAUGCUAUUAGCCUCCAGUGUCUGGCCUCCUUCCUUUUCCUCUACUGCGCCUGCAUGUCACCUGUGAUCACCUUUGGAGGACUACUGGGUGAGGCUACUGAGGGACGUGUGAGUGCCAUUGAGUCCCUGUUUGGGGCAUCAAUGACAGGAAUAGCCUACUCUCUGUUCGCUGGUCAACCACUCACCAUCCUGGGAAGCACUGGGCCUGUCCUCGUCUUUGAAAAGAUCCUUUUUAAGUUUUGCAAGGAAUAUGGUCUCUCCUACCUCUCCCUGAGGACCUGUAUCGGCUUGUGGACAGCCUUCUUCUGUCUGCUGCUGGUGGCCACAGAUGCCAGCUCGCUUGUCUGCUACAUCACACGCUUCACCGAAGAGGCAUUUGCCGCGCUGAUCUGCAUCAUCUUCAUCUACGAGGCCCUGGAGAAGCUGGUUCACCUGGGGGUUCACUAUCCCGUCAACAAAAACAACAACCUGCAGACACUCACGCAAUACUGGUGUACAUGUGUGGAGCCCAAGAACCCGAGCAACGAGACUUUACACUUGUGGGAGGAGAGAAACAUAACAGCCUCACAGGUUAACUGGACCAUGUUGGAGGUCAAGGAGUGCGAGCUGUUGCACGGGGAGUUUGAGGGAAGGGCUUGUGGUCCUCAUGGACCCUUCAUCCCAGACGUCCUCUUCUGGUGRGUGGUGCUCUUCUUCACCACCGUCUUCAUGUCUGCAUUCCUCAAGGAGUUCAAGACCAGCCGCUACUUCCCCACCAAGGUGCGGUCGUCCAUCAGUGACUUUGCCGUCUUUCUGACCAUCAUGAUCAUGGUGCUGCUGGACUAUCUGGUGGGAGUUCCUUCACCGAAGCUCAACGUUCCGGACCGGUUUGAGCCCACAUCCAGCCAUCGGGGGUGGCUGAUCUCUCCGCUGGGACCCAACCCCUGGUGGACGAUGCUGGCUGCCGCCAUCCCAGCUCUGCUAUGCACCAUCCUCAUCUUCAUGGACCAGCAGAUCACCGCCAUCAUCAUCAACAGGAAGGAGAACAAGCUGAAGAAAGGCUGUGGGUACCACCUGGACCUGCUGGUGGUGGCGGUGAUGCUUGGCGUGUGCUCCAUCAUGGGUCUGCCGUGGUUCGUGGCGGCCACGGUUCUGUCCAUCUCUCAUGUCAACAGUCUAAAGGUGGAGUCCGAAUGUGCAGCACCAGGUGAGCAGCCCAAGUUUCUGGGCAUCAGGGAGCAGAGGGUGACGGGCUUCAUGAUCUUCGUCCUGAUGGGCUGCUCCGUCUUCAUGACGUCUGCGCUAAAGUUCAUCCCGAUGCCCGUCCUGUACGGAGUCUUCCUGUACAUGGGAGUGUCCUCGCUCAAAGGGAUCCAGCUCUUUGACCGCAUCAAGCUGUUCGGGAUGCCGGCCAAACACCAGCCUGACCUGAUCUACCUGCGCUACGUCCCCAUCUGGAAGGUCCACGUCUUCACCGUGGUCCAGCUGUCCUGUCUCAUCAUCCUGUGGGUCAUCAAGGUCUCUGCUGCUGCUGUGGUCUUCCCCAUGAUGGUCCUGGCUCUGGUCUUCAUCAGGAAGCUUCUGGAUUUCUGCUUCACCAAGCGAGAGCUGAGCUGGCUGGACGACCUGAUUCCAGAGAGCAAGAAGAAGAGAGACGACGACAAGAAGAAGCUGCAGAAGGAGGACGCUCAGCUGAUGCUGGAGGAGGAAGAGGAGCGAUAUGAGCGGGAAAACUGCCUCAAGUUUCCAAUCAAAAGCCUGAAGGGACGGUCCGACCCGUCAGAGGUGAACAUCUCAGAUGAAAUGGCCAAAAGUGGAAUCUGGAAGUCCGUCUUCAAACCUUCUGAGAGCAGCAAAGCUCUGAAACGCUGCAAAAGUCAGGAGAAGCUGCCCAGCAUCCAGAUCUGCGUGGAGAGCGAAGAGAGCCGGAGGUGUUUCGAUGCAGAGACGGCGUUAUGAUCCUUCAGCUGCUGCAGGAGGGGGCGGGGCCUGACAGAGGAGGACCAAUCAGCUGUCACCUCAGCGUGCCGCACUUCUCGUCCUGCGUUUGUCUCUGACGAGGUGAACGUUUUAUUUUCCCACGGUUUUAUGGUGGAACUGCUGGAAACGGUUUCCUCAGGUGUUUUUGUUUUGCUGCGCUCUGAUUGGACGACUGGGCGGACGGCCCGGUCCUCAUGUUCACCUUUUUAAUACUUCCUGUUUCAUGAAGCAACAGACUCCUCCCCUCAGACAGAACCACACAGGACGGGUUUUAUUUAACCCAAGGUUCUGUUGUGUGUGUGUGUGUGUGUGUGUGUGUGUGUGUGUGUGUGUGUGUGUGUGUG